AUGGAGCAGUUCCGUGACGGCGACCACGUGCGGCUGCGCAGCCGCGAGUACGGCACGUACCUGCACGCCGACGAGGACGGGCAUGGCGUCUCCCUCCACCACCGCCGGGCGUCGAUGAACGCGGCUUGGGUGGUGCACGUGUACGAGCCCCCCGAGGCGCCUGUGCCGUACCUACUCCUCCACAGCGCCGCCUACGGCCGGUACCUCGCCGCCACGAACGUGGAGGCGCCGCAGGGUCACCACUGGUGCCGCGUCGAGCAGCGGGGCUGCGACCAGCCGGAGGUGGAUCUAAUCCCUUGGCUGGCCAUCCGGACGGAAUUCGGAGACGCAGUCUACCUCGACCAUUUCCACGGCGGCUGCCUCCGCGCCAACUGGAACACCAGCGUCAGCGUCGAUGUCGACGACCCCGACAACCCCAGCCCGACGACGCUCUGGGUCGUGGAGCCCAUCCCCGCCACGCGGAGGAUGCCUCGCCUUCCACUUCCACCUCCGGCUUGCCUGCGCCCUCCCUUCAACCACGACGCGGUGCUGUCGCGGGAAAUCACGUACGUGUGGCCGAACGUCGAGGGGGCCCUCGUCAACCACAACGUGUUCGUCUUCAGGGGGAGGUCCGUGUACCAGCUGAGGCACGAGCUGGCCUGGCGGCUGGAGGUGGACGUCUCUCACCUCGCCAUGUGCCUCCCCACACGUUAUGGCCGGUUUUUCCCACUCGUCGUCGACCUGCCCCGCAACCAGCAGGCCCUCAUCGUCGUCGUCGACUUCGCGGGGACGCCUGCUCACGCGGCGCUGCGGUACGCGGAUGUCGAUGCAGCAUAG